AUGCAGGACUUAAACCUUAACAGCAUCAUAACUAAUGAUAAUGGUAGCCUGAAACUUCCAAGCUGGAAUCACAAUAUUAGGUUUAAGCGGGUGACUCAAACAAACACUGUCAAACUGGCCAUUGGCUCGAAAUUUCUUGAUGGCAGCUCAAGGAUUUGUCUUUCAAAUGCGAGCAAGCAGUUGAAGAUCUUUGAUAGUGCUUUGAAUAAUCUUGUGUCGUCAUUUGAAUUCCCCCAUAUUGUAAAAUUGUACGGACAGAUACUUGAUUCUUCGUUUGUGUAUCUCUGUACCUACGAUGGAACUCUAAAGAUAUACAAGGCGGAUUUUGACGUUGAGUUAGUAUCUCUCAAACUGCACAAUCGAGUUAUCAACCAUAUUGAGUUUUGUAAGAAAGGUAGUGACUCUUGGUACGUGGUUUCAACUGCGGUGAAUAAAACGUUAAACAUCUCUGAAUUGAAAUUAAGUGAUGCGGAACACCAACUAGUCCCAUUAUCGUCCAUCACAAUUCCAUCAAAUUGCACGUCAUUGAAAUGUAUCAUGUGGGACACAAUUCAACCGUCUAUAUUCCUCACGAGGAAUGACUGUUCACAGUUGGUAUGCUAUACACUCAAUGAUACCGGAUCUUUGUCAUUGGCGUACAACAUUGCCUUAAACACUGCCCAAUUCUCUACAUACUCUUUUGAGAUUCGCAGCUUGUGUUUCACAAAAGCUCCUGACGGAACACCAUUCUUGGUUGCUGCAACAUCCCAUAUACCUUACAUGAGGUUGAUUCUGAUACGUCCUCCCAUGGACGAACCGCUGAAUGGCGUUAAAACGUACUACGAUAGAAUUGUUAAGAAUUUUGCUACGUCAAUUCCACAAACGUUCUUGUCGCAACCAAUAAUGCGAUACUUACCUGCCACGGACGGCAUGAUUGUUGGGAUUGACGAUGGCGUUUACGCAUUUGAUCUCCAGAAAGCUGAGAGUUGGAAACUAGACUUCCAUUCAGCUACUGUGAAGGACAUUGAUGUAGCAGCAAGUCGAAUGGUAAUUUUGUUUUCUGAUAAGUGUGUGGAGGUGUGGGAUACUGACUCCCCUGUAGACCACUAA